AUGCACAACAUGCAGGACCCUGUAAACGGCAUACUUGUUUUGCUCUAUUCUUGGUGGCUAACGCUACGAUCCAUUGCCGGUGGUUCUUCAUUCUGCGCUUGUAGAGGCCGUAUCCAACGGUUGCACAGCAAAAGCUUUUUCCAUGAUCGCUAUCAAACCCGUAGUAAAUUCCUUUGGCACAAACAUAUGAAAUAUCACAUAAGCACGUUGAAGUAUUCUUUCAUACUCUCACUGUCUACCACAAUAUCCUUCAAAUUGCACCAGUUCUGUUUAUUAGCUCUAUCAGCUAUUUCAAAGCCAUACUUUCCCUCAGUAUUCAAAAAAUUUUAA